AGACCGACGGCACACACUUGUUGCAGUGAGAGAGAGGACUGAGCUUGGGGCUUGGGCUUUCGUAUUACCCUUCAUCUCUCUCGCCGCCUCCAAAUCUUUCCUUUCCCCAACUCUUCUGCUCAUGAAUUCGAUCCGCCCCUUCUUAUCGAAGAUCGUUGACUUACUCCAUUUUCUUUGAAUUCUUGGUUCCAAAAUUCGUUUUUUUUCUCUCUGCUGCAAUGGCGUUAAUCCCGAUCUCGCUCGCCGUUUCGAUUCUGUUGCUGAUCGAUGCCGUUCCCUUGGCGUCCUCGACGGGGCCGCUCAAUUGCUCUGACGUGGCCCGUGUUUGCACCUCCUUCCUCGCCUUCAAGGCGGGUCGACGUCCCGACGUCGCCCAAAUCCAGAGCAUGUUUGACGUCUUCCCCGAGGACGUCACCGUCGACGAGGGCAGCAGUCCCGGGUACGUCUUCGUGCGCAAGAACUGCUUCUGCCUCGCGGACAAGAAGUAUCUUACAAACACCACUUUCACCGUGCGGGAGGAGACGAGCUCGGUGUACCCGGUGGUCGCCCAGACCUAUGGGGGGCUCGCCUUCCUGCCCAACGUGACCCAGCGGUUCGCUCGCUCCAGAGCCGUCAUCUCCCUCCACUUACUCUGCGGGUGCUCCAGCGGGCUGUGGAAUUAUCUGAUGAGCUACGUGAUGGAAGAGGGAGACUCGAUCGCGUCGCUGUCGAGUAAGUUUGGGGUUAGCAUGGACAGUAUUGAGACUGUGAAUGACAUGUCCGGUCCGAAUGGUGUUGUCGUUGGAGAAGUCUAUUACAUCCCACUGAACUCUAUUCCUGGCUUGCCUUAUUUUGUAAACAAUGGAUCCUCUCCUUCUUCUGCACCUACUUCAUCAGAAACAUCUGUUACAUUCUCAGGCAAUUCUAUGCAUAAUUCUGCUGGAUUCCCUUAUGGGUGGGUUUUCGGUAGUAUGGGUGCUUCUGUACUUCUUGUAAUUUUGGUUUUAUUUUCCUUUCUUUCUUUCAAGUCCUUCAAUUCAAGGAGUCAAACAAAAGAUCCUGAAAGACCAGUGUCCCAUAAGUUCCACAUCCUCCGGAACACUAGUUUCUGUUAUUCUUCAGGAAGGUACCUCUGUUGCAAUUCUGGAAAUACAAAGGCAUCAACAGGGGAUGCAGGAAGUCACCAUGCUAAUAUUCCCAAAGGCAUGGCUGGUGAUGCACUUGACAUAGAGAAACCAAUUGUUUUCAAGCACGAAGAAAUAUUUUCUUCUACAGAUAACUUUUCUGAUUCAAAUCUACUGGGUCAUGGUCAGUAUGGUUCUGUCUAUUAUGGGGUCCUUCGGGACCAGGAGGUUGCAAUAAAAAGAAUGACAGCUUUGAAAACAAAGGAAUUUAUGGCUGAGGUGAAAGUACUCUGCAAGGUCCAUCAUGCAAGUCUGGUAGAAUUGAUUGGUUACGCUGCAAGUGAUGAGGAGCUGUUCCUGAUAUAUGAGUAUGCUGAGAAGGGUUCGCUCAAGAAUCAUCUUCAUGAUCCACAAACCAAGGGGAAUACAUCACUAUCUUGGAUAUCUAGGGUUCAAAUUGCACUUGAUGCUGCCAGAGGACUAGAAUAUAUUCAUGAGCAUACCAAGAACCAUUAUGUUCAUCGAGACAUCAAGACAAGCAAUAUUCUACUUGAUGGUUCUUACAGAGCUAAGAUCUCAGACUUCGGGCUCACAAAACUUGUUGCAUCAACAAUUGAUGGUGAAGCUUCUACUACUAAGGUUGUUGGCACUUUCGGUUAUCUAGCUCCAGAAUACUUGCAUGAUGGUCUUGCCACCACAAAAAGUGAUGUUUAUGCAUUUGGGGUUGUCAUUUUUGAGCUAAUAUCUGGCAAGGAGGCAAUAACAAGGACAGAAGGAAGAGUUCUGGCAAACCCUGAAAGGCGUUCAUUAGCAUCUGUGAUGUUAAAUGCACUGAGAAACUCCCCAAAUUCAAUGAGCAUGGAGAGCCUGAAAGGUUAUAUUGAUCCCGCUUUGAUGGACCUGUAUCCCCAUGACUGUGUCUACAAGAUGGCAAUGUUGGCAAAGCAAUGCGUGGACGAAGAUCCUAUCUUACGGCCAGAUAUGAAGCAAGUGGUGAUCGCUAUCUCCCAAAUUUUGUUGUCCUCCAUCGAGUGGGAGGCUACGUUGGCCGGGAACAGCCAAAUCUUUAGUGGCCUUGUCCAAGGAAGGUGAUUAGUCGAACCCUUUGAAUAAAAAGAAAAUGAGAAGGGACAAAAAAUUUCUUUUCUAGCUCAAUGCUUUGGGGUUCUUUUUAUAAAAAAUUGUGUUCUCAUGUGUUGACCUGAGUUGUGUAUAUGGUCACCCUUUUGUGUGUUGUGGGUUGUUGAUUAAAUAUUUAGCCAUGUUCUAUGAGCACGUAUUGAUUUGGGAUAAAUAUGACUAGAUGUGAAUUUUGUUUCAGAUAAAUGUAUUAAUAAUUCAUUGAA